UGUGAGUCAAGUCAGUGUGGCUAGAGAGCCCGAAAAGGUAACAUGGUUGGCGUGCAGCUGUUGGCGGGCGGAGAUGUUUAUCACAUGGCAGCGAGGCGCUGACAACACUCCGUCUCUCACCGCCCUGGCGGUAACGUAACACUUGCUGACUCCUCCUCGCCCACCUCCCCAGCUAUCUCGAACUCACUUUGUGCCGCGUUUUGCAAAACUUUAGACUAUAUCUGGGUGGUAUAUAUGAUAUAUGAGCGGGACUUACGAGAGUUAGGCCCAUCGAACUCACUUCGAAGACUUUGCCGCUACACGCUUGCCCUCGCCGUCGCCGCCUCCGUUAGCGGCAGCGGCAGGACUGGGAGUAUCCCUGCGGCUCCCACAAGACAGGAUGAGCGCUAAGGACUCCCACGUGAAGCGGCCGAUGAACGCUUUCAUGGUGUGGUCCCGCGGACAACGGCGCAAGAUGGCGCAAGACAAUCCUAAGAUGCAUAACUCGGAGAUCUCCAAGAGACUAGGUGCUGAGUGGAAGCUGCUGACAGAUGCUGAGAAGAGACCUUUCAUCGACGAGGCCAAAAGACUCAGGGCGCUUCACAUGAAGGAACAUCCUGACUACAAGUACCGUCCCAGGCGCAAAGCCAAGAGUCUCACCAAGAAGGACAGCAGAUACCACUUCCAGCUGCCGAUGUUCCAGCCUAUGCUGGAGGGACUCCGUCCCUUCUACGCCCCGCCCCACCUGCUGGCACCGCCAGGGGCACCCACAGGACCACAUGAUAAGUCUCCUGGGGACCUGACCCGCUCCCUCCUGCCUCCUCCACAUCUCUUCCACCCCCACCUCUCUGGUCUCCACUACCCUCCCAUGGAUCCUGGUGUCCUCUCAAGGAUGAGUUCUCCCGACGCACUGGGACUCUCCAAGCUGCCUACCUCAGAACCUCUGGCGCUUUCCAAGAUGGCCUCCGUCGAGUCUUCGUUGUUCUCCCGGCUGACCUCUCAUGAUGUCUUCAGUCUGUCCAGGUUGUCGUCUCCGCCGCUUCCCUCUCAUUUAUCCUCACCUCAUCUGGCAUCAUCAUCUGGAUUACCUACUUCAGGGGUCACAUCUGGUCUUAACCCUUCAGGCUUAUCUUCUCCAAUUCCCCACCCGACGUCACCGAAUCUAGCACCUUCCAGCCUGGCGUCCCCUAUACCCAAGUACCCGUCCGAGGUGUCUGCCACAAGUGUUCUUUCCAGACUCCCGCUGGAUAACCCGUACCUGGGCAUGACGGCGCGCGAGCUGGACCACCUCCGUCUGCACCAACUCCACAGCCUGGAAAGAGAAAGACGAAUAAGGGAGGAAUUGGCAGUAUCUCCGCCGCCAUCCAGAAGCCGCUCACCUUCACCUUCCAGCCCGAAGAUCGAUGUUGACAGUCGGUCCAGAGAAUCCAGCCCUGCGAGAAGCCCAAACGAGGCUGAUCCUACAGCUAAUGAGCCUGACGGAAGGAGAUUCUCCGACGCUGUCGCGGAAGAAGACCAGGAGGUCUCCAACAGCGAUGACUCGAGGGCUUUCGUCAGGUACCGGGAGAAGAAGAGCUCCGAGAUGGCUCCGGACUCGCCUAGCGAGAAGUAUCUUCCACCGCCAUCACCACCAGGAACACUACGACUCCAUCACCCCUUCCACCCCGCCUCCCUGGCCACCAGCCUCUACUCCACCACCGCCCCCCACCAUUCAGUCGUCUCUUCAGCGGCAGAUAUGGCAAGAAAUUACUUUAGCUGCCUCUACCCUUCUGGAGCCACCUACCCCCACGACCCCAGGACCGCCCUCUCAUACUUCUUGGUGCGUCCUGAGGCCAAGUACCUCACCUCCCCCGCCCUUACGCCCACGCUGACCUCAGCCUCGCCGCCCUCUGUCGUUCAGUGAGAAUGGAGCGUGGAUGGUGGAACUUUGCUUCAAAUUUAACUGGAUCCACCGAGGGGUUCCUUCUCGGAAUGGCAAAGGUCUUCAGUCUGAUUCAUCAGAGGCGGCGGAACAGGUUCACUUUUCUCCCUGGCCCGGAAAAGGCAGAGGCAGUGGGACACUCAUUCCGAACAGGCAACGCUUGAAGCACUGGAACAGACAUCCAUCCUUCAGGAAUUAGUCACAAUACGGUGGGCUGGAAUAAUCCAGUGGCUGGAGCAAUUCACGACUCAUAGGUUAAAGACAGAAGCCUGCGGAUAAUCUACUAAUUUCCAUUUCCAAUUUAGUUGUGAACUCACCUUCGGUGCUCCAUCAGCCUUUGGUGACCAGCCCCAGGAGCUACACAUCUGCUUCGACCUCUACGUUAACCAGGAUGCGUGUUUCACCUGUCGAACCAGCGCAUACGAUUUGAGUUUAGCGCGACCCGCCGCCUGAGGAGGGUAGAUGUGCUGGUGUAAUUUAAGUAGCUCUAUCUAAUUCAGAGCAACACCUGUGUGUGUAUAAACAAUACGUGUGUAGCGUGCGAAGAAACUGACACCUGCCAGAUCAUACAUCAGCAGAAUUGUCCAGGAUCCGAUUGUCGUCCUGCCAACAACAGUGAAGAAUAGAUUUAUUGGGUCAACGUUUCGCUCGCAUGAGUUGUGACAGAACUCUUCAGUUAUCAUAAUCAAAGUAAAAAAAAACAAAACAAAGAGUUGCAGAUCUUUUUUGUGUCUUUUUUUUAUGCAUUAUAAAAGAAUGUCAUAGCUGUAUAUUAAUGCGUGGAGCACCGUUAUAUAAUAUAGCAAUGUGUUAUAGCACAUUUGCCUAUUAUAUAUAUAAACAUAGCCUGUGUAUAAUUUAUUAUUUGCGUUUAUUAAGCACAGUAAAAAAAUAUAUAUUAUAUAUAUAUAUAUAUAUAUAUAUACUUAUGAACCAGUGUUUGUAUCAUCGCGAAUAACGUGCAAUAUUUUCCGAUCUUAACCGUAGUGACGUCAGACGUAAUGAGUGUCAAUAUGAGUGUGUUGACAGUGUUAUACUGUGUUAAUAGCUAGGUGUAGCCUCCUGGUCUGUGUCUCGCUGCUCUCCACUAGUUAUGCCCACCUCACCCAACGUUUUUUUGCCCUUUCCUUCCUGGUAGCCUGUCUACCACUAUUCAUAUUUGCUUAGUCCGUCUUUUGUUUACCUCGUUGAGCGCUACCCCUUUCUCUGUGUGUUGUUCACCUUUCUUUAUUCGUUGUCUACCUUUUUCUAAGUGUUGUUCCCCCUAUAUUUAUACGUUGUUCACCUUUCUCCAAUAUAUUCACUCCCUGACCUAAGUAUUAACUGCAGUUACCCUUCAUGUUUUGUUUACUACGUAAAAAGUAAUUAAUUAAACCCUCGCACUUACAUUGUAAUGGAUAAAUUGUCUCUUAAAAUAAAUUAUUCAUCAGA